AUGACGAAACCAAUAAUUGCACGCUUCAUAAGUAGAUAUAGAAAAGACGAAUGUCUAGCACAAUUGCGAAAGCUGAAGAUUACAGCAAUGGAUUUAGGUUUUGCAUCCGGAAAAGUACCUAUUCAUUUCAAUGAUCACCUUACUAGUAACAACAAGGCUCUUUUGAAGCGUGCUAAAUCUAUUGCCAAAGAAAAACAUUAUAAGUAUGUAUGGGUUCGGAAUUGUUCUAUAAUGGCUAGACAUACGGAUACCAAAUACGAUAUAAUAGCGCUAAGCGAAACAUGGCUUCAUCCAGGUAUAUCCGAUAUGGAGAUAUUCGAUAGCCGCUAUUGCGUCUACAGAGGAGAUCGUAAUUACGUCCAACGUGGUGUUACCUUGGGUGGCGGCGUUCUUUUGGCUAUUGGUAAAAACAUCCCGGUUCGUUCCUCUCGUGCUAUAGAUAUAUUGGGGGGUAUUGCAGAAAUAGUUGAGAUUACUGUGAAAAUUAAUAACAAGGUAUUAUAUAUUUAUUGCUGUUAUUUCCCCCACCAUACGCAACAGUACGAUGCCUUAUGCGAGUUCUUCGACAUAGUUUCUUCUGUUGUCACGGAAAACUCGGAAUCUGCUUGCUUAAUAUUGGGUGACUUCAAUAUUUCACAUGCGCACUGGCAGAGUACCGACUCGUUUAAAAUGAAAUUGGAAAGAAAUCAAUACAGUGACAAGUUUAUUUCUGCUCUAAUGUCAUUUCUAAGCUUCAUUGACUCAUAUCAAUUUAACGGUAUUUUCAAUAAGAAUAAUAGAAUUUUAGACUUAGUUAUGAGUAAUCUUUGUUGUGAGUCGGCUCACUGUAGCGAUGCUAUGGUGGUGGAAGAUCCACACCAUCCUGCAUUGGAAAUAAAGGUUCACUACCAACAUAGCGGCUUAGAAUCGCAGCCACGGAUUGCGCGACUGUUUCAUAAGGCCAACUAUGACGAUAUAAAUAGGGCGUUAAGUGAUUCUGAUUGGGAAACAUUGUAUGGGACAGAUUCUAUCCAUGAUGCUGUGGGGGUCUUUUAUAAUAUACUGGAGGCAGUAAUUGUAAAAUAUGUUCCACAAAAAAAUUUUAAACAUAGGGAUCACUAUCCUCCUUGGUUUUCUGGAUGUUUGGUUAAGAUAGUUAAAGAAAAAUCCAAAUACCAUAAAAAAUGGAAAAUUUACGGCCGAAUAAGUGACUACGACUCUUUUCGCCUACUAAGAAAACGGCAGAAGGAAAUACAGGAAAGUUGUUACAAGAAUUUUUUGCUUGCUAAUGAAACGAAUAUUAAAAUGAAUAGUAAAAAUUUCUGGAGUUUUGUGAAAUCUAAAAAGGCCGCUCCAGUUAUUCCCAAUUCUAUGACGUAUAAUAGUAUUUCUUUAACUAAUGGUAGCGAUAUUUGUAAUAUCUUUAACGAAUACUUUAAAUCUGUUUAUGAGCCAAGCUCAACAUAUUCUAUCUCAACGAAUUACCAUAGUGCUAAUAAUGGUUUAAAUAAUAUUUGUCCAAUACGGUCGAUUGAUAUAUCAAGUGAAAAUAUACUUAAAUAUUUAGGUGCAUUAAAUAUUGCUAAAGGAUCCGGUCCUGAUGGAAUACCACCAGUAUUUUAUAAAGCAUGUAAGGAACAACUUGUUAAACCUUUAAUGUUUCUAUUUAGGAAAUCUCUCAUAAGCGGUAUCAUGCCUACUAAAUGGAAGGAAUCUUUCAUCGUCCCUAUUUUCAAAUCAGGUGAUAAGCAUAAUGUAACUAAUUAUAGACCUAUUUCCAAACUUAAUACAAUUGCUAAAAUGUUUGAAAAAAUCAUUUACGAUAGCAUUUUACCUCAAAUAAGACCCCUUAUCAUUCCUGAACAACACGGAUUUGUUUCAAAAAGAUCGACUGAAACUAAUUUAUGCGAGUUUAUUCACAGAAUUGGCUUUGCCAUGGACCAGGGUUUUCAAGUUGAUGUUAUAUAUACAGAUUAUUCUAAGGCUUUUGACAAAAUAUCGCACCAAAUUAUACUAAAUAAACUUAUGGCGCUCGGAAUCCAUGGCGAUCUCCUGCGUUGGAUUGAUUCCUACCUUCGUCAUAGAAGUCAGGCAGUAACCGUCAAGGGCUACUGUUCGUCUUUUGUGCCCGUUACAUCUGGGGCAUCAACAAUUUCUGAGGACCGCUUCCUCGCUUAA